UAGCGUAACGUCAUCAUUGCGUGCCCUGAGUCGACGAGCGUUGAAGGCUAUUCUACUGCACAGCAAGCUACAUUUUUGCUAAUUUCAUCUAGAAAUAACGAGAGAUAAACCAGACUGCGGUCGCUUGAAUGUAUCUGUGAGGUAUCUCUUUCUGUCUCCGAGGUCCAGCAGUGAAGCCGGUUGACAUGACGUCUCCAGGGGGACAAGGAGGAGGAGCUCUGUCGACGAGAGGAGGCGGCGGGGCAAGGAGGAUGAAGUGGGCUCUGGAGCUGAGCCUGGGCAACGCCAGGAGUCGUGGUGGGGGUCAGGGCGACGUCGUUCACCCCAUCGGCUACUCCGAGAAACCUGUCCCCGACACCAGCAUCCAGGAGACGGACAAGAACCUGGUGGAGAAGCGUUGUUGGGACGUGGCUCUGGGGCCCCUGAAACAGAUCCCCAUGAACCUGUUCAUCAUGUACAUGUCGGGCAACACCAUCUCCAUCUUCCCCAUCAUGAUGGUCUGCAUGAUGGCCUGGAGGCCCAUACAGGCGCUCAUGUCCAUGUCUGCCACCUUCAAGCUGUUGGAAAGCUCCAGUCAGCAGUGGCUUCAAGGUCUGGUCUACCUGGUCGGCAACCUGCUGGGCUCGGCGUUGGCCAUCUACAAGUGUCAGUCAAUGGGACUGCUUCCAACACACUCUUCUGAUUGGCUGGCUUUCAUAGGACCGCCUCAGAGGAUGGAGAUCAUGGGUGGAGGGAUGGUGUUGUGAAAAGGACGCAUCGUACACAUACCAGAUUUAGAUAUUUACAGAUGUUUUAUAUUGUCCAUUCUAACCUAUGAAAGCUCACAACAGAUUUAACCCAUUGUAGUGGCAGUUACAAGACAUUUGUUUUAUUUGCCUUUAUUGACAGAAACAUUAAUAUUUUAUUACUUUAUGCUGCUGCUGUGCUUCAUCUUUUACACCUCUUUUGUUCCUCAUUCAUCUGUUAAUAAAGGGUUUAAAGCCAGCACAUCAUCCUGUGGAACUACGGUUUCUUUCCAGUUGAAAAAAACAGGUUAUUUAAGAGGUUAUUUUACAGAAUCAUCAUUAAAACAGAACUUUAUCUAUGUAUUGCUCCUGAAAAUUGCGGUAACAGUCUGUAAAGCAUUUUCAUUUUGUCACAAAGAAAGGCUUGUUAGGUUUUGUUCGCCUAGACUAGUUUAUCUUCUUUUAUUUCUCAGUUUGUAGUGACUCACAUGAUUUCAGCAUGCUUGCCAGCAACAUUUACUAGUAUGUUUUCAUUUAUGAGUUGGUUUAAUUUGUACUGAUUUGCUACAUGAACAUGUUAAAUAAAUGAAUAAAGUCAUAAUGGUUAAAAUAA